AUGGAGAUAAUGAAUUUUGUACAGAGCAAUGGAAAGAAGAAAAAAUAUAACGUAACUGAAGAAGAAAUCAGGAUGGGCAUAUUAACUGAGUCAAAAAUCACUAUUUCUACCAUUCAAGUUGUAAAAUGGUCUGCUGAAUACGAUGACAAAAACACGUCUUUUACUACCCCCGUGCCAGAUUACAUUGACGAAACCGGCAAGGAUAAACACGGUGAUCGGCCAGAAGAGCACGGUGACCUGUUCGAAUCGGAUAUAAAGUUGUCAUUAACACAAACCUCUAAAAUACAUGCAGCCAAAAAAGACGUCAUCGAUCCAACAAAACGUAAAGCAGUUGGUUCUGUAACUCGGCUCUGGUCAAAUGGUCGCGUACCCUAUGUACUGGAUUCAACAAUGGCUACCAAGGCUGUAAUCGCAAUUUCAGAAGCUAUAGAACACUGGGAAGAUAACACGUGCCUACGAUUUGAGGAACAUAGCUUAAACAGUGCCGGGUUUUUAGACCAUUAUAUAAUGUUCUUCCGUGGAGCUGGGUGUUGGUCGUAUGUCGGAAGAGCGGAAGACUCAGUCCAGCACAUUUCAAUUGGACAAAACUGCCAUUUUACGGCGACCGCAAUACAUGAAAUCGGACACGCUAUUGGAUUCUGGCAUGAACAAGCACGCCCGGAUCGUGAUGACUACAUCACUGUUCACACCAGAAAUAUCAAACCUGCUAUGGUAUACAAUUUUGAUAAAUACGACGUAGGCCAAGGCCAGACGUUUGGAAUACCAUAUGAUUUGAAAUCCAUCAUGCACUACGGUUCAUAUUAUUUCUCUGUGAAUGACAAGAAAACUAUCACCACACAAGAUCCAGUGAUGCAAGAAACACCCGGAUCCAGUACGACGUUGAGUUUUUAUGAUGUAAAACUGGCAAACUCAAUGUACAACUGCAACGCAAACUGUCCCUCACUGCCUUGCCAGAAUGAAGGUUAUGUGGGCCCGCGAUGUCGAUGCGUUUGCCCUGAAGGAUACAGCGGUGUCCUCUGUCAAACGUCGGUAACGGUUGAGCCAGAAUGUGGUGGACGUCUCACGGGUUCCACCGGUACGAUAGAGUCACCUAACUACCCUAGUUCGUAUCCCAUCAACCAAAGAUGUGUAUGGCAAAUUGAGGUACCACGUUGGAAGUUGAUUUCUGUAACAUUCGAUGAUUUUCAAUUGGAAUCACGCUCGUCCUCGGAGUGCGAAUACGAUUACAUUGCUCUCAGAACGGAAGAAAACUUCUAUGAUGGAGGUACUAAGUAUUGCGGUACAUCUCUUCCCGAAUGUUUUACAUCGACAAGCAACGAACUUAUCGUUUAUUUCCGCUCCGAUUUCUCAAUGUCUCGCCGUGGAUUCAAACUUCAGUACUCCGCCAUCAAUAGCAGAGAAUCUUGUGACAGAACCUCUAAAGUCGUUGUCCCACCGGCACCCAUGGGUCCCACUCGACCAGCGCCCGUCACCCGUCCUAUUCGUCUUGAGCCGAUAAGAACGGUUGCUCCACUAAGAACGGUUGCUCCACUAAGAACGGUUGCUCCACUAAAAACGGUUGCUCCACUAAGAACGGUUGCUCCACCAAAUACCAUUACCUGUGGCGACGUAUUCACUGCAUCGUGGGGUUCACUAAGCACACCAAACUAUCCAAGAUUCUACGGCGAUAAUGAGGAAUGUGUAUGGGUCUUUGAGGCACCUUAUGACCAUGUCAUCAAAGUAUUCUUUGUUGACUUUGACGUUGAAGAUGACAUGGACUGUCUUAACGACUAUAUAGAAAUAUCUCUAGGAGUGGAAUGGGUCAAUCCAACUAGAACAUGUGGUGAUGGACCAUCCCACGCUGUGGUGUCUACCAGCAACGAGAUGACAAUUCGGUUUAAGAGCAACGGACGAAUUACCAAGAAAGGCGUCGCCAUGAGAUACGUAUUUUUCAGGGCUUUCUGA